UACGUCAUCAGGCUGCGCCCAGACUACAAWACCAUGCUGGUGUAAAAAGUGUAUAGAAAAUAAAAACAGAACGCUUCUCUUUGAUUGAACAUAWUUAAAAUGGCUCCAACAGGCCAGAGGAUGAAGCAUAAAAACGAGGCAGAGAAAAAUGAUAACGUGAAAAAAGGUAAAACGUUACCAGCGGGAGUCAAAAAGAAGAGAAAAUGGAUUCCAGAGCACAAAUUUAGAGGCAGCGUUAAAGAAGGUCAAGGGUUUGCUUUCAAGAAAAAACAGAAAGUCAAAYAUGAAUACAACAAACUGCUGCGGAAGGAGCAAAAGAAGAACCCUGAGCCCAAAGUGGUUUACAAGGACGAGUAUCCAGAACACCUCAAACAUCUGUACCAGGCAGAGGCUGAGAAAAUGAGGAAUGAAGCUCGGGCRAACAGAGUGAACAGAAGUAAGCUGAGGAUGAAGGGGAAGAUGGAGGAAAUGGAUGAAGAAGAUGAUGACGACGCGGCUGCUGUCGAUGAGAAAACAGACUUGGCUGGAGGAUCGGAGCUGACAGACUCUGGAAACUCAAAACCAACGACAGCCUCUGACAGAGAAAGUUUUACAAUAAGCAACCGCAUGAAAAAGAAAAUGCAGAAGAAGACCUCGCAUCAGAAGACCAAGGAGGAAUUCGAAAGAAUCCGAGAAAAGCGGAGACAAAAGAAAGAGGAAUACCUGAAGAACAAGCAGCAGAGAGAAGAAGCCAUGCAGAAGUACAAACAGAAAAAGAUGGAGACGUUUCAGAUGCUGAGCAAAAAGACUAAGAAGGGACAACCAAACCUGAACCUGCAAAUGGAGUAUUUACUUCAGAAGAUCCAAGGAACUCAUAAAUAACUCUGACUGAGGAACAUUCAGCUCGGAUUAAUUUUUUAAUCUUCUGUUUGAGGAAUUAUUCAUGUUCAAAUUCUGUUUCAAACCACAAGAUGGCGCUGUUGGAUAUGAAGCUAUUUGCUGUAAAUUUGAAUAAAUAUGUUAUUUCCUG